AAUACAUUGACUGCAAACUCAAUACAGUUAUCGAUGUUUUGCUUUUGAUUCAAAUGUUUGGCAUUGCUUUCAAUCAACGAUUCAAAUGAAGUGAUUAUUAUUGCAGUGAAUAUUGAAUUUCAUAAUCAGUUGAUUGCAUUGCAUUUCACACCACAGUCUGAGUGACCAAUGAGUGAAUGGAUUAUCUGAGUGUUUGCCACCAAAUUGUGUCAAUACAAGUGCUGUGUGUCUGUGAGAUGUGUGUUGGAUCUAAUGGAUAGUCUUGUGGUGUGAUCUCACAGUCCUAUGUCUUGUGUAUUGGAUAUGACUUAAUCGGUGGCAACAAUUGCUGUGAAUAUCUCGCGAAAUGUUGCGGUUAUUACUGAUCCUAACGAUGGCGUGGAGGCUGUCGGACGCCCUCUGGAUGGAGAACCAGAUCCCUCGGAAGCGGAUCACUCAUCUUAAGGACUCGGAGGUGCAGAGGUUUCUGGGCAACGAGACUGACCAAGAUCACUUCAAACUGCUCGAACAGGACGGCGACUCUGUCCUCGUGGGCGCCACUAAUAUCGUCUACAAUAUCAGUCUAUUGACACUCAACGAGAAUAAGAGACUCCAGUGGUAUAGUACUGACGAUGACAUAAAAAUGUGUAAAUAUAAGGGAAAAUCAGACGAAUUGUGUCAGAACUACAUCCGAGUCCUGUCCAAGAGAUCUGCAAACGGACUCUUUGUCUGCGGCACCAAUGCAUACAAACCAAAAUGUAGACAAUAUUUAGAAAACAGUUUAGAGUUUGAAUUAGUGAACGAACAGUCGGGCGAAGGGUUGUGUCCCUACGAUCCGACACACUUGUCGACCGCCACCUUCUUCGAGGAGAACCUGUAUGUGGCGACAGUCGCCGGCUUUAACGGCGCCGACCCUCUCAUAUAUCGAUCACCUUUAAGGACAGAACAGUUUAAUCCUAAGCAUCUAAAUGCGCCGAGUUUUGUGAACUCCUUCCCCCACAACCAACACGUCUACUUCUUCUUCAGGGAAACCUCAGUCGAGUACAUAAACUGCGGGAAAGCCAUAUACUCGCGAGUGGCCAGAGUUUGCUCCAAAGACAAGGGCGGACCCCAUAAGUUCCGCAACCACUGGACCACCUAUGCUAAGGCCCGCCUCAACUGCUCCAUUCCCGGGGAGUUUCCCUUCUAUUUCAAUGAGAUCCAGGCGACCACAUCACUCGUCAAAGGCAUAUACGGCGGACACAACGCACAACUCGUUUACGGAGUCUUCACCACUCCUUCCAACAGUAUUAGUGGUUCCGCUGUCUGUGCGUUCAGAAUGGAUGACAUAUACAAAGCAUUUGACGGUCCCUUCAAAGGCCAAGAGGCUAUUGACUCGAAUUGGCUACCGGUGCAGACCUCGAAAGUGCCCGAACCCAGACCUGGUCUCUGUGUGAACGAUUCGCGACAAUUACCUGAUAUGACACUCAAUUUCCAUAAGGAACACACUCUGAUGGACAUGUCUGUGCCGGCCUUCUGGGGCGCACCAGUUGUCGUGCAAACCAGCUUUAAAUACCGAUUCACUCACAUCGCUGUCGACCCACAAAUAGAAACCGCUUCCGGAAAGACAUUUGAUGUGCUCUUCAUUGCCACCGAUGACGGCCGUGUCCUCAAAGCGAUCAACUCUGCCAGCGGUGCACUCAGUGGUCAUCACUACCACAACUCAGUCGUUCCGGUGGUGAUCGAAGAGGUGUCAGUGUUUCCCGUCGGCACUGCGAUCACCAAUCUAUUGGUUUACCACACCUUCUAUGAGGCGAAGCUUUUGGUCGUUUCCAACAACGAAAUCAAAUCAAUAAAACUGUUCCACUGUUUGGCCAAAACGUGCGGUGAAUGUGUGGCCCUUCAGGACCCGUACUGUGCGUUUGAUUUGGCGCGACAGCAGUGCACUAGUAGUAGAUCCCGGUUCUGGAAUCGCGACAAUUUUGUCCAGAAUGUCGAGGACGGAUGGGAUCCACGCUGUCCUGACGGUCGGCCCCCACCCACUGAGAGCACCAACAGAACGCCUCCCUAUUCGGACCCUCACGUCGUGAACCCUCGCGUCCCGGGGGACGACACGCCCUCUGACUUGGCGGCCACAGAGCAGACACCCAUAUAUAGCGGUGAGUCGUUCGCUCUGGCGGUGACCACAAGUGUCAUCACAUCGCUAGUGCUGGGCUUCAUCUUAGGCUACAUAUUCUCCCGGCGCUGUCGCAAAGAAGACCCCAAUAUUUGUUCGCCAUAUGACGACCCGCACCAGUACUUGGACGGGCGGUUGACCUCUAGUGACACAUUCCAGACACAGGCGCCGGUGAAUAACAAACCCAUAAACUUAGUUCUAACGACACAUAAGAAUUCAAAAAACUUGAAUCUGUCGGUAGAGAACAAACCCAUUCAGAAGGUGAAGAAGAUCUAUUUGUAG